CAGGGUACUCCGGUUCGUAAUUUGAGGCCGAUGCGAUCCUCCCCUCAGCCGUCUACGCCUUUUUUAGGUUUCCGGCGAUCGCCGGAGAUCUGAUCCGUCCACCGGGUUCACCAAUAUCUGAUCCUGAUGGGGAAUUACUGUGCCAAUGGCCGCCAUGGCUUCAUUCAAUCCGUCUCUGCGGCCGUCAUGGGCCGCGGUUACGCCGGCUCAGCCGACGCCGACGUUCCUCCACCUCCCGCAACUCCUCCUACCCCUGAUAAUUCCACGGCCAUUGCGAGCUCCUCUGUUGCUGAGAACCAACUGGAGGCCGUCGAGGUUCCUAACGAUGCUUCAUCGGCCGAGCCGUCGUCUCCACGACAGGGAGUGUCCGAGAGUUCCCCUGUCUCGAAGAAGCCCGCGCUUCUAAAGCGGGCAUCCAGCGCCGGCCUCAUGGCUGAUUCUGUCCUCCAGAGGAAAACCGGGCGCCUCAAGGACAUGUACAGUCUCGGCCGGAAGCUUGGUCAAGGGCAGUUUGGAACGACCUAUUUAUGCAUUGAGAAGGCGACGGGGAAGGAGUUCGCCUGCAAGUCGAUCGCUAAGAGGAAGCUAGUCACGCAGGAGGAUGUCGAUGAUGUGAGGCGAGAGAUUCAGAUAAUGCAUCAUUUGGCUGGGCAUCCCAAUGUGAUUUCUAUUAUUGGUGCUUAUGAGGACGCUGUAGCCGUGCAUGUUGUGAUGGAGCUGUGUGUCGGGGGAGAACUAUUUGAUAGGAUUAUUCAGAGGGGGCAUUUCUCGGAGAAGGCGGCAGCGGGUAUCACGAGGGUAAUUGUUGGGGUCAUAGAGGAGUGCCAUUCGAUGGGUGUCAUGCAUAGGGAUCUAAAGCCUGAGAAUUUUCUAUUCGUAAACCAUAAGGAGGACUCGCCACUGAGAACAAUCGAUUUUGGUCUGUCCGUUUUCUUCAAGCCAGGAGAAACUUUUUCAGAUGUCGUUGGAAGCCCCUACUAUGUUGCACCAGAAGUACUUAGAAAACAGUAUGGUCCAGAGGCAGAUAUUUGGAGUGCUGGAGUUAUUGUUUACAUUUUAUUGAGUGGUGUUCCACCAUUUUGGGAUGAAACCGAACGAGGAAUAUUUGAACAAGUAUUGAGAGGUGAGCUAGAUUUUGUGUCAGACCCGUGGCCUGGUAUCUCAGAGAGCGCAAAAGAUUUGAUAAGAAAAAUGCUUGUUAGGGAUUCGAAACAGCGGCUGACUGCUCAUCAAGUUCUUUGUCACCCAUGGGUCCAGGUAGAUGGUGUUGCUCCUGAUAAGCCUCUUGAUUCUGCUGUUCUUUCUCGCUUGAAGCAAUUUUCAGCAAUGAACAAGCUUAAGAAAAUGGCCCUUCGGGUCAUUGCCGAGAGUUUGUGUGAAGAAGAAAUUGCGGGACUCAAGCAAAUGUUCAAGAUGUUAGACACGGACAACAGUGGCCAGAUCACACUUGAGGAACUGAAGGUUGGUUUGGAAAGAGUUGGUGCAAAACUAAAAGAUUCAGAAAUUGUGGCUCUAAUGGAAGCAGCAGACAUUGACAACAGUGGUACAAUUGAUUAUGGGGAAUUUCUAGCUGCGACAAUGCAUCUAAACAAAAUCGAGAGGGAGGAUAAUCUCUUUGCGGCCUUUUCUUACUUUGACAAAGAUGGCAGCGGCUAUAUCACCUAUGAUGAACUCCAGAAGGCCUGUGAGGAGUUUGGGAUGAAUGAUGUGCAUCUCGAAGAAGUGAUACGUGAAAUUGAUCAGGACAAUGAUGGUAGAAUAGACUACAAUGAGUUUGUUGAUAUGAUGCACAAGGGAAAUGUUGGUUUUGGCAAAGCUCAGCAAAAUUUAAGCUUUGGCCUGAGGGAUGCACUGAAGAUUGGUUAAGUAAAAAUUGUACGAAACUUAACUGCUGAAUUUCAAGUGGGGUUUCAUCAUUGCUCAUAUGCCAUCAACAUUUAUCAUAAUUUCAACCAGCUUCUAUUACUCUG